AGCCUCCCUUUGCUUCCGCGGCGGGGCCGGAAGUGGAAGCGGUGGUGGCUGCGGCGGCGGUCCAAAGCGGAGUGCCGAAGGCCGGCGGAGAGCUGGAGAGCCGGAUCCGGGGUCGCAGCGGCGGAGACCCCUGUGCGGCGCGGAGGGGGCGGCGGCCCCGGCUCUGACCCGCGCCGGGGGGGGGGGGGGCUGAGGGCCAUGGCGGAGAUCAGCGACCUGGACCGGCAAAUUGAGCAACUGCGACGCUGCGAGCUCAUCAAGGAGAGCGAAGUCAAGGCCCUGUGCGCCAAGGCCAGGGAGAUACUGGUGGAAGAGAGCAACGUGCAGAGAGUGGACUCACCGGUCACGGUAUGCGGUGACAUCCAUGGACAAUUCUAUGACCUCAAGGAGCUAUUCAGAGUGGGGGGUGAUGUCCCUGAGACCAACUACCUCUUUAUGGGGGACUUUGUGGAUCGAGGUUUCUACAGCGUUGAAACGUUCCUCCUGCUGCUGGCACUGAAGGUCCGCUAUCCUGACCGCAUCACCCUUAUCCGGGGCAAUCACGAGAGCCGCCAGAUCACGCAGGUCUAUGGCUUCUAUGAUGAGUGUCUGCGCAAGUAUGGCUCGGUGACCGUGUGGCGCUACUGCACUGAGAUCUUUGACUACCUCAGCCUGUCAGCUAUCAUUGAUGGCAAGAUCUUCUGUGUGCAUGGGGGCCUCUCCCCCUCCAUUCAGACUCUGGACCAGAUUCGGACAAUUGACCGGAAGCAGGAGGUGCCUCAUGACGGACCCAUGUGCGACCUGCUCUGGUCUGACCCUGAAGACACCACAGGCUGGGGAGUGAGCCCCCGGGGAGCUGGCUACCUAUUUGGUAGUGACGUGGUGGCCCAGUUCAAUGCAGCCAACGAUAUUGAUAUGAUCUGCCGUGCCCACCAACUGGUGAUGGAAGGUUACAAGUGGCAUUUCAAUGAGACUGUCCUCACAGUGUGGUCGGCACCCAACUACUGCUACCGCUGUGGAAACGUGGCAGCCAUCUUGGAGCUGGAUGAGCAUCUUCAGAAAGAUUUCAUCAUCUUUGAGGCCGCUCCCCAAGAAACACGGGGUAUCCCCUCUAAGAAGCCUGUGGCUGACUACUUCCUGUGACCCUUCAGCCCCUGACCCGUCCAGCCCCUCUGGCCCUCGGACCACUGUGACUCUGCUUCUUCUCCAGACGAGUCUGGGCCUGGGGGGUGUUGGGCCCACUAGGGUGAGGACUUUCUCUGGAGAGGCCUGGAGCCUCUGCUCCGUGUUCUUCCUCCUCUCCUAUCUCCCCACUUGAACCAUGAAGUUUCCAAUAAUUUUUUUGUUUUUUUUUUUUUUCUCCUUUUUUUUUGGUUUGUUUUUAGAUAAAAAUUUUGAGAAAAAAAAUUCUAAUAAAAGAAGAAAAAAUGG